AUGGCCCUUCCAAGGAGCGUCAAGGAGGUCCAACGGCUCACGGGAAGGAUGCCCGCCCUGAAUAGAUUCCUCUCGCGCUCCGCGGUAAGGGGGCUACCCUUCUUUCGAAUCCUGAAAGCACCUAAGGACUUUCAAUGGACUGAGAAAUGCCAGAAAGCCUUCGUCGACCUAAAGGCAUACCUGGCUGAGCUGCCUGCUUUGAUCGCCCCGGAGCAGGGAGAAACCCUGUUCCUAUACUUAUCUGCUUGCAACGAGGCCGUUAGCAUGGUUUUGGUGUGGGAGGACAAAGGGGCUCAGAGGCCAAUAUACUACGUCAGCCGUGCUUUACAAGGGCCGGAAACGCGGUACACACCGGCAGAGAAAUUAGUCCUCGCCUUGGUGCAUGCCGCCCGGAAACUCCGACCUUAUUUCCAGACCCACAGCAUUGUUGUCUUGACGGAUCAGCUCUUACGUCAGAUACUCACAAAACCUGAGACUUCCUUGCUGAGGGAGCCAGUUUGUCCGUGGCUGAGCCGAGCUCUUUGCCCAAUGAGUAAUGAGGCGGAGUACGAGGCCUUACUGACAGGAUUGUGGAUAGCCCACCAGAUGGGUAUAGCCGCGAUCAAGGUCUGGAGCGAUUCCCAACUCGUAGUCCACCAAGUCCGCGAGGAGUAUGAGGCCAAGGAGAACGUCAUGAAGAAAUAUUUGGUUAAGGUGCCGAGAUCGCAGAACAAGCGCGCGGACGCCCUGUCGAAGCUAGCGUCCUCCUCGUUUGCUCACCUGAGCAAGGAAGUCUUGGUGGAGGUCGUUAAGCAAAGAGGCAUUGACCAGGUCCAGGUCUUGGCUAUAGACAGCCCGGCCUCCUGGAUGACUCCCCUCUUGAACUUCCUCAACUCGGGUGUCCUCCUCGAGAACAAGACCGAGGCUCGCCGACUCCAGCUCAAAACUGCCAAGUACGCCUAUUCUGGGGGGACCCUCUACAGGAGGUCGUAUUUGUCUCCCUGGUUAAAGUGCGUAACUCCUGAGGAGAGCGACUACAUCCUCCGUGAAGUUCACGAAGGCUUAUAUGCGGCAUAUGUGGGAUCCCGGGUAUUGGCCAAAAAGUGUCUGCUCUUAGACUACUAUUGGCCCACAGUGUUUCGAGAUGCCGCGGCUCUAGUUCAGAAAUGCCGAGCUUGCCAGGGAAUAGACCUUUUGGGCCCCUUUUCCCGAGUUCCCGGAAGGUACGAGCACCUCGUGGUGCCCAUCGACUAUAUUACAAAGUGGAUCGAGACCGAGCCCCUGGCCACUAUCUCUGGAAAGGUAGUUCAGAAUUCUUCUGGAAGAACAUAG